AGAUGCGGUAGGUGGAAGUCGUGGUAGAUGGAGGUCGCAGACGAAAGCAGUCGCAGAACUUGUUGAGUGGCUAAAGGAACGAAUCUGAUUAUAUACUCUGGUGCUCGGGCCAUCCAUCAAGACAGGGCCAAACGGGCAUGGCGACAACCGGCAGGCUGCGGUUGGGAGCGCCUGCAUGGCCAUUUUGGGGACAAAGGGCGGCUGCGUUUGGUAGCCUCAUGCGGGGCGAUGCAGGCGAUUGGUGGCCACACGCGGAAGCAACUGAGAAAGGUUCCGACCCAGGACAAUGCAAGACUCGAGUCUUCGUGAUGGGGUUGGCCAGGGAUGGCCAUGAGGCGUGGGUGCAUGAAUGCGUGGAUAUGAUAUAUGCGGGGAAAGCACAACAUGAAUAAGUGGUACAGGACAGCGAAAGGAUGGGGUAAGGGUAGAGGAGACGCGA